UAGCUAGCUUCAGAAUGGCGCGGCGAACAGCAUCUCUUCUCCCUCAGUGGUCCUCUCGUAUUUUCUCAGUGGAGCUGGAUGGAGCACCUCACUAUUUUGCAAUUAAAGAAAAGCACCGGGGAGAAGAAGUGCCGCGGCUGUUCACAUUAAAGGCACGACACUAUGAGCGGUGUUACUCUCUCCUGGUCUGCAGCAGCGACAGAGUCAGGAGAGCGAAGUUCUACGGGGAGUUGAAGGACAAACUGCUGAGACACUUGUCUCCAGAGAGUGAUUUGUCUCCCAUGUCCUCGUUCCUGCCGGACGUCAAGGAUUCUCUCGUCAGGGGGUAUUUCUUCAAAGGUGAUUCACAGAGUUCCUCCUCGACAGAACGACUUUUGCAAGAGUUAAUACAGCGUGACCCGGUGCUGGUGUGCUCAUACUUGAGAGGUGAAGAUGGUCAACUGUGGACUCAGCGUCUGUGGCCACCUGCAGAGAGCCAGAUGACGGAAAUGUCAAAGGAUUACUAUGUGGUACCCUCAGAGGCGCCAAAAUACCACCCAUCUGUUCUCAACAUCGUCAACUCGGAUGUGUUCUACAGUUUUGAGGAGGCCUAUGAAGUCCUAAAAAAGUGUGGUGACAUCAUCCCAGAGGCCAAGUCUGUGCUGGAGCUGCUGCCCAGCGGAGCGGAGACCAGAAGCAAACCAGACUUCCCUGUUAUUGUCAUAGAAGGCCUGGAUGCCACAGGAAAGACCACUUUGACUGAGUCUCUGAGGGAUACUCUGGAAGCCGUUCUUCUGCAGUCCCCUCCCCAGUGCCUGUCCCCCUGGAGGGCCCGCUUUGAUCAGGAGCCACCCCUCAUCCGCAGGGCCUUCUACGCUCUGGGGAACUACAUCACAGCAGAACAAAUAGGCCAGCAGGGCAUGAAGACACCUGUCAUCGUUGACAGAUUCUGGCACAGCACAGCAGCCUAUGCCAUCGCCACAGCAGUGAGCGGUCCAUUGUCCAACCUGCCGGCUGAAGGUUCGGAGGUGUACCGUUGGCCCAGUGACCUGCUCCAGCCCAAUCUGGUGGUCUUACUCACUCUGGACCCUGAGGAGAGGAAGAGGAGGCUGAGGAACAGAGGUCAAGGAAAGACAGAGGAGGAGCAAGAGCUGGACCACAACCAGCUUUUCAGACUCAGAGUGGAGGAGGCUUACAGGAGGAUCAGUGGCCCAUCUUGCAUCACUGUGGAUGCUAGUCCUUCUGCAGACCAAGUGCUCCAACAAGUGCUGCUUUUAAUUAGGGGCAAAUGCCACUUGUAAACAGUUCUCCAUCUCCCCUGCUGUCGGCCAAGCAUCAAGUGGAUGCAGUACCGACUUUCACCACUGGGUGCCAGUAAGGUGUUGUGAAUAUGAUAGUUGGAGGGAUGGUGGCCAGAUUGGAGUGUGGAGAAUAGAUGCUAUUCAGAAUAAGUAAAGGUUGAAUGGCCAGGGGCCAGAACUCCAUGCUACAAUCAGAAAUACAUAUUCAUGGAGACACACACACACACACACACACACACACACACACACACACACACACACACACAUGUAUGCACGCACAGAUACUGACACACUCACACACAAACAAAAGUAUUGUUCAGAAGAAGUGUGCAUUUAACUGCUGUUGUGACCUCUCAGAAAUCAGACACAGAGUGGCUGCACUUAUUAACAGGCACUUGUACUUGGAGUGACACCGAGGAAAUAGAUUGAAACAUUAAUAUAAGCAUCCAGUCAUAUCCAUUUCUUUAAGUUCACAAACAGGCAAAAUUCAAAAUAUAUAUACUAAACCCAUAAAAUAAAAACAUAAAAAAAAACCAUAUGCUUUCACUUUGCAUUCAGAUAAAACACUUAAUAAUGAUUAAUAUUUUGUUUUAAAAAAAAAAACUGUUUCAGAUUAAAGGAAAAUUACACUAAA